AUGCCGGACGACGAUUUGAGACGCUUGCGGAACAAACGAGGUAACCUCAAAGGAACAAUCACACGUAUCGAGAACUUCGUCAAUGAUCCAAUUCUAUUGGCUGCGGCGGGUGAGGACAUGCUUCAAGCACGUAAAAACAAGCUAGUGACUACACUCAAAGACUACGAGGAGGUAAACUUGGAUAUUUUAUCGCUCGACCCAGCAGACUCUGAAAAUGUUGCCGCCGUGGAGAACCAGUAUUACAAUGUGCUUUCAAAGUUGAGCCAGUGCUUAAAGAACUUGAAGAUGGAUGAAGUCUCUUCAGGUACAAAUGUUUCCACCUCCAAGUUGCCCAACAUCGACAUCCCUUCCUUCGAUGGGAAGGACUUCACCAAGUUUAAACCCUUUAUGGACCUGUUUGAUGCAGCUGUAAUUAAUAAUAAUAAGUCUUUGUCCAAUGUACAAAAACUAUUCUAUUUACGAAAAUAUUUAACUGAUGAUGCUUUGGCAGUUAUUGUUAAUUUACCUAUAGUAAAUGAAUCCUAUUCCGAGGCUAUUGCGUUACUCAGGAAGCGGUUUGAUAAUAAGGCACGACUAAUAUCUAAUCACAUUAACAUUUUAUUAGAUCUGCCAUCAAUGCAGAGAGGCACUGCGGCUUCCAUAAGGUCGCUAAUUUCUGAUGUUCAACAGCAGUUAUACGCUCUCAAAAAUUUGGGUCAAUCUAUAGACAGCUGGGAUAUGCUAUUGAUAUCCAUUAUAUCGAAAAAACUUGAUUCUUACACCAAUAGGGCUUACCACCUCGAUAGAGUGGACAUUGAUAAGAUUCCUACAUUCAAAGAAUUUUUAAAUUUCUUAGAAAGAAGGGCUAUAGCCUUAGAAGAUAGUACUCCAACUAAAAUUGAGAACCACUGCCUCAAGAGCAAACACAAAGGAUUUCUGUAA